ACAGGUGCACCCACCAUCAUAGUGGAGCCAGUGGAGACGGUGGUGGAUGCCGGCACCACAGUUGUGCUCAACUGUCAGGCAGAGGGUGAGCCUACUCCCAUGAUCGAGUGGUCCCGCCAGGGGCGUCCCCUGCUGGGCAACGACCGCUUCUCCACCUUGCCAAACGGUUCCCUCAGGAUCAGCAGUGCCCAGAAGGGGGACACAGCUGAAUAUGAAUGUGUGGCCAGAAACCUCCUGGGAUCCGUGCUGGUCAGGGUCACUCUCACUGUCCGAGUUCAUGGCGGCUACUCAGAGUGGGCAGAGUGGGGUCCUUGCAGUGUGUCCUGUGGUGUCGGGUCCCAGAGGAGGCUGAGACAGUGUAACAAUCCUGUACCUGCCAAUGGGGGGCGCCACUGUGCAGGAUCAGACUCAGAGACACGUAGUUGUCAGGGAAAGCCCUGUCCAGUGGAUGGUAACUGGUCAGAGUGGUCUGUCUGGGAGGAGUGUUCUCGUACUUGUGGUCAAGGCAAUAGAACCAGGGUUCGGACCUGCAGCAACCCUCUAGCACAGCAUGGAGGCAGGCCCUGUGAGGGGAAGGCAGUGGAGGUCAUCAUGUGCAGUGUCAGACCUUGUCCAGUGGCCGGUAACUGGGGGUCUUGGCUGCCAUGGAGCCCAUGCAGUGAGACCUGUGGUAAGGGUAUGCAGUCCAGAAUCCGUCUGUGCAACAACCCUCCUCCAGCAUUUGAUGGGCCGCAGUGUGAGGGCACAGACACCCAAACACAAGUUUGCAAAGAGAGACCAUGUCCUGUGGAUGGGAAAUGGUCGUCCUGGGUGACCUGGGGAGCCUGCAGUGUUUCAUGUGGAGGCGGAACCAGACAGAGGACACGCCUCUGUGCUAGCCCAGCGCCUCAGCAUGGUGGGAGGCAGUGUGAAGGCAAUGACGUGCACAUUGACUUCUGUAACAGUGACCCAUGCCCUGUCAGUGGUAACUGGGGUCCGUGGAGUAGCUGGGGCAGCUGCAGCAAGUCAUGUAACGGAGGUCAGAUGAGGCGCCACAGGACAUGUGACAACCCCAGACCUGCUAAUGGCGGGAGAGCAUGCGCAGGUGCAGAUACACAGAUACAGAGAUGCGGCACAACCAACUGUCCUGUUGAUGGUAACUGGGGUUCGUGGCAGCCGUGGGGAGAAUGUUCCGCUUCCUGUGGAGGUGGAGAGAGGACACGUGUCCGUCUUUGUAACACUCCGUCUCCUGUCAAUGGUGGUCGGCCGUGUCCUGGAGACUCCUCUCAGCUGUCCAGGUGUAACGCUCAGGCCUGCCCAG